AUGACAGAAACAGUUUUGCGACUUGUUCCUAAUGUCACUAAUAAUGACUCAUUAUCCACAGUUAAACCGGAAGCUACUGUUACCACAAAUGUUAUUGGCGAAGGAGUUAGAGAAAAAGAUACAAGCGAACAGAAACAUGGUGUCAAUAACUUAGAAGGGGAAAAUACCAAUAAAACGGAACCUGAAUUAUCCACUACUACCACAAUCAGCUGCAACCCUUGCAAUUUAUCCACAAUUCAUAGCUCUACCCAUAAACCUUUGUUUAAGCUGAAAUCCAACGAAACAACAAUUACCAAUUCUACGCUCCAGGUUAAAAACUGCAGUACGAAUUUGGAUACCUCUAGCUUAUUAACAACCGCUACAAACACUACUGCAGAUUCCUCUAUUAAGUCGAAAAAUCCAAGUAAUAAAAAAUUUUUCUUCAGUAAAUUGCAAAAUAAUAACAAUAACGCUACUGCUAAUAAAAAUGAAGACACAUUUUCAUUGUUUUCUUUAAAAAGCUCAUCAUCUGGGCAUCAUGACAACAAUAAAAAUAAUGAUAACGGUGGUACUGGUAUAUUACAUUUGAAAAAGUUUUCAUUGCGUUAUCAAAGGAAGAAAAUUGUUGAAAAGGUCUCUUAUAAAGAUAUUAAUCAGUUACCAGUUGAGUUAAUAUCCAAAAUUUUACUCUAUGUUUUGAAUGUGGAUCAGAAUCAAGAUGAUGCCUAUAAAACCGUUGUUGGCUGUUUAUACGUUUGUAAAAAGUUUUAUUACGCUUCUAAAAUGGUGUUAUAUUUAAAUAUUAAUUUGAAGUCUACAUACAGAGUGGCACAGUUGGUUACAAGUUUAAGAUCUCAUCCUGAUAAUGGUAAAUUAGUGCGUGUUAUAGAUUUUUCCAAUCUACAAAAUGGUGAAAUCAAAAUUUCUCCUGCACCAUCUACAAAUAAAAACAAUAACACUAACAAUGCCAGCGCCGAGUCUUCUAGUUCAUGUCCGUCGCAAGAUUCUACAAAUUUAGCUUAUGCUGGAUGGAGAGACUGGAGGUUAAGAAACGAUCCACUAUACAAUCCAAAUAAAUUGACCACUGUUUCAAGCACGAGCAACACUAAUGGUGCAGGGAAUAACCUUUCUAUUAGAAGAACAAGAACAAAUUCAAUAGCAUCAUCCAUUUAUUCUAAACAAAGUGCCAUGUCAACUAGUACAAAUCUGACGCAAGUUUCUACCUCUUCCUCAAUGAAUUCAACCAAUUCUUUUACUGGUGCGGGAAAUACUGUAUCGGGCCCUAUCGCUAAUUCUACUGCCACAGCAACUAAUAGCCACAUGAGGAAAAAGAGAAGUAACACCGUUAGCACUUUAAUGAGGUUUGACGCAAAUAAUAGCAAUGCUAGUGUUAAUAUAGGUAGUGGCAAUGCGUCGAAUAAUGGCGAUGUGAUUACCAAAAACUAUACUACUAAGAGUAGUAUUAACAGAAAGAAGAGUAACAGUUUGGACAACACCUCAAGAAGUUUUUUGCAAAUGUUUUUGAAAAAUAAUAGCAACAGUAAUUCUACUACUGCUUCCCUUGAUAGUAGUGACAAUAACGUUAAUGAAAAUAAGAGGCGACAAAAUCCUAAUAAAAAAAAAUUAUUAAAAUCUAAUAAUAACAUCACUAGCAAUAUUAAAAGUAGCAACAAUAGAAGCAAGAAAGCUAGUGUUAAGAAUGAUUCCAUACCAGAAUGUCAAGAAACUGUUACUAAGUUAAAUUAUCAACCUUUUAAAGAAAAACAUCCAUAUACAAAUAAGUUUUUGCAUAAAUACCGGUUAAAUAAGGAUUUGCCAUAUGGGUAUGUUUUGCAUUUAUUAAAUCAUUGCCCCAAUUUAGUUACAUUGAAUUUAAGUGGUGUUUCUUUGAGUGAUGAUUUUAAAUUGGUUAAAAAGCAACAAUUACAACCAUAUAGUAGUUUAUGCAAGACUUAUUCGACAAGGUCGCUGUUAGAUGACGAAGAACGUGUCCAACCCAUUUAUUUUAGUGAUACGGGUUAUCAUCACAAUGUCCAUCAAUUGAACUUGGAAAAGUUAACAGUACUAGAUAUUUUCCAGGUUUUGGGUAAUAAAUUAAGUUUUUUACAACAGAUAAUAAUGAGGGAUUGUCUAUGGCUGCAAGAACAAAAUGUUAAAUAUUUGAUUUUGACACAUUGCAGAGAAAUUGCAAAGGAUUUGACGACUGUUAACAGUACGGAUACCCAUUUCUAUUAUAAUUUUAUGCACUCAGGAAUGAGCAAAGAUUCAAAUUGGGGUACCAAAGGUAGCUUAUACGAUUUCUUAAUACUGUUAGGCUUAAACCAAGUCUAUCAUAUGGAUGAUAUAGACUUGGAAAAUGUGUUUAAUUUAAAAAAACCGAUUUUUUUAUUGCCCACAGAAAAUUGUAUUGCAGAGAGCGGAUAUAUUGAGUUGGGCCUAGGCAUUAAAUGUAAAAUUGUUUUGUUCCAAAAUGAUGAUACAAAAUAUAAUUUUAAAUUGGAAGAGGAAACUGAUGACAAUGGCAAUAAAAUUUUUACUAUCGAAUGUACAUUACAGGAUUAUAUUGGAGAUUUGAAUGCUGAAAGACCUGAUUAUAUCAAUGGUCAUAAUGGUCGUGAUAAAAAUUCAAACAUUACUGGUAAUACUAUCAAGAUUGUUCGUCAAAUUUACAACAAAAUUCAGUACCUGAGGAACUUGCACACAAGAUAUAAUAUCGGGUAUAAUAUGUUAUGGCCGCUACAAUAUUAA